UUAAAUAGCGUUUGUAGGAACUCUCAGGGUUUAUCUUGACAAUAACAGUACAUUAGAGACAACACAGAGUAUAACACACCAACUCGAACUGGUCGACGCGACAGUCGCCCUGUAGUAAUCUUGAUUGUAUGAGUGGCACUGAGUUAGCUCACAAGUCUACAACUUUUAUUAAGCACUAACGUGUUCCAAAAUCCAAGUGAAUAUAUGGACGUAUACUAAUACAAAUAAAUAUUGCUAUUAUUCUAUAACACUGAUUAAAAAAAUUAAGUACAUGAUCAAUCGCGUCUGAAUUGAUUUAUAUGGAAUGUACGCGCCGUGUCUAUUAUCUAGAGAUUAGAAAGAUUAGAAUCUUCCGCUCUAUCAGCUUGUCUAUUAAAAAUAAAAAUAUUCAUUUGCGUGUUUAACAAGCUGAUUAAGUAAGCGUAACAUUUAACGAAGCACCUAUACAAAGAGUGUGGAAAGGAAAUAUUUUAGCCAGAUUUAGAUUAUUCAAAACAUUAACAUGCCGCAGGAAACCGUCGGAACUUCAAACAACUCCUUCAGCGAUCUCAUUACUAAAGAGGAAGCGAUAAAUCUGGUAAAAGUUAUAGUAUCUCCGAACGCCGAACUCAUUGAUUAUAAGAUACGUCCUUACUCCGAUGAAAAAUUGGGAUUUUCCGGCUCACACCAGAAGCUUAUUUUGGAGUCAAAUAAACCUGGAGAUAGCAAAAAUGAGGUACGAAGCUUUUUUGUAAAGGCCAUGCCAUAUGAUAUAUCAAUACAGGCCGAUUAUGCUAGUGAGAAUGGGACUUUUUUGAAAGAAACCGAGUUCUUUCGUGAACUCGUGCCACUUAUGAUAAAGAACUACAAGGGUGAAGCAUGGGGUCCAAAGUGUUACCUCGUCAAGGGAAAGCAUUGUCUAGUUUUUGAAGAUUUAGGCCCCGAAGGAUUUUCGAACAGCAAAGAUAAAUUUUUAGAUGAAAAUUGUGUCAUGUCUGCUGUAGCUUGCAUUGCUCGACUGCAUGCUUCUUCGCUGCUGGCUGAAGAACUGCUCAAUGGAAAAUCUUUAAGAGAACUCUACCCAAACAUCUUCGAAGAAUCGGAGUACAGAAGAACUGGUCGUAACUAUGAGUGGUUCGUAGCAUGUAUAGAUUAUUUGAUUGUACUGGCUGAAGAAAUGGGCCUCGAUUCCAGCUGCUUAGCGAAGGCAUGCGAUCGAGUAUUCGACGUUUCUAUACCGUCUAAAACCAAACGCAACGUUUUAAGCCACGGUGACCUAUGGAGUAAUAAUAUAAUAUUUGACAAAGCAAACAGAUGCAGACUUGUCGACUUUCAACUCAUGAGAUACGCACCCAUUGCUCACGAUCUCAUGGUGCUUUUGUAUUUCUGUACACCAAGAGAAUUCCGUGAAUCAAAGGAAGCUCAAGUAAUUCAUCAUUAUUACAAGAUUUUUCAAGAAACGCUAAACCUUUGUGACUAUAAAGGACAAGUACCAAGUUUCGAGGAGUUGAAACAGGGAGUAGAAGAGCAAAGAUUGCCGGCUCUUAUUAUUGCAGCUGCUAAUUUCCAUAUGAUACUGAUGGACGGUAAAGAAGUAGCAGAAAUUAUGAAUGACCCAAAGGAGAGUGAAAUUUAUUUUUUUAAAGAACGAAAACGCUUCGUUGACAAGGUCAUGGCUCAGAAUCUGGUUUAUGCGAAAAGAGUGAAAGAUAUCACUCGUGAAAUGGUUGAGAUGUCUUUGAAAUUCGAUGAGUUCCCCAAACUUACGUAACAGGGUUUCAUAACGUAAAGUACGUGUUAUUAUAUUGACUAAUUGUUAAAAACAUAAAUUUAGCAUAAAAAUGUUAAAGAAACUUAAACAAAAAUAAGAUUACAGCUAGCAAAUAUUAGAUGGUAAUAAAUUUUAAUGAUAACGUAUACCACAAAUGGAGUUAAUUUAUUUAUCGAUAUUAGAAAUAUCUUUUAACAUUCCACCAAUGUUAAAAUUUCAAGCGGUUUAUCUUUCAUUCAAAAUUUACUGUAUAUUGUAUCUCAACAAAUACUUUUUACGUAUUUGCAUCUCGACAGAUUAAAAGUUCGUAUAUAUAAAUAAAAAAAUAUGUUUCUAUGGUUUAUGUAAUUAAAGUGUAAAAACAGGACUAAUAUAUGGUAUAUUAUAUGUCACUUAUUGAACUGUAACUGAAAAAUUAUGUAAUCAUUUUUUUUAUAGUGAACAAUCGAUGUAAAUGAACAAUAAAGUAAAAUUAAUUUCCGUGUUAAUGAGAUGGUUAA